CAAACACUCCUCUCCUCUCCCCUCUCCCCCAACCCCUCGCCGCCGCCGCAUCCAAAACCCCUCUCCCCCCAUCCACCUCGUCCUCUAAUGGCAUCACGGCCCAUCAGGCGAAGCUGCUAGCUCGUGUCUCCCAUCCGCUUCCCGAAUAGCUUGUUGAUCUACCGCAGCCCCCCACCUCCGCCGCCGCCGCCAUGACGACCCUCAACCAGUUCGAUCUCCUCGGAGACGUCGACAACGACGACCCCACGCAGCUGCUUGCUGCGGCGGCCGCCGCCGCGGCAAAGAAGGCCCAGGCGAAUAAGACGGAGGCAGCGCCUGCUGGAAAGGCGGGCCAGACUGCGGCGGCGGCCAAGUUGCCGACCAAAUCCGCUCCCCCGGCACAGGCUGGGAGGGAUGCGAGGAGCGGAGGCCCUCCAUCACGUGGAGGAUUUGGCCGUGGUGAACCUGGCCGCGGCAGAGGUGGUGGCCGAUACGGCCAGAACCGUGACUUUGGCAGUGAGAACACGAAUGGCUACCAGGGAGGUUAUGGGGGUAGAGGUUCUGGAGAUGGCGCUGUAGCUGGAGGCGGUGAUGGGGAGAGAGGCCCUCGACCAUACCGUGGAGGCGGUGGUAGACGUGGUGGUUACCGCAACGGUGAGUUUGGUGAUGACUCUGAGAGACCACCUCGGAGAAACUAUGAGCGCCACAGCGGGACUGGUCGUGGCCAAGGGAUGAAACGCGAUGGUGCAGGCCGUGGAAACUGGGGAUCUUCCACUGAUGAAGGUCUUGCACAGGAAACUGAUGAAGCUCUUAAAAUUGAGGACAAUGCUCCCAUCGCUGAGAAGCAGGGUGAGCAGGAUGAUGCUCCUCCAACAACAGUGGAGAAGAAAGACCACAAGGAUGGUGCUGCAAAGGAGGAGGAAGAGAAUGAAGAGGAUAAGGAGAUGACUCUAGAGGAGUUUGAGAAAAUAAGGGAGGAACAGCGGAAAGCACUACUAGCAUUGAAGACUGAAGAAAGAAAGGUUGAAGUUGACAAGGACCUGCAGUCUCUGCAGCCACUGUCUACCAAGAAAGCCAAUGAUGAGGUUUUCAUUAAAUUGGGUUCUGACAAGGAGAAGAAGAAGGAAAGUACUGAGCGUGAUGAACGUGCCAAGAAGUCUCUUAGCAUCAACGAGUUCCUCAAGCCUGCCGAGGGAGAACGAUACUACGGAGGCCGUGGUCGUGGAAGGGGCCGCGGCGAGGGCCGUGGAGACCGCGGCGGUUUCAGGGGCGGGUUUGGAGGAGGAUACCAGCACGGACAGGCGGCCGCGCCAUCCAUCGAAGAUCAGUCACAGUUCCCGACCCUGGGCGGGAAGUGAAGGUUGUGUGCUGUGCUGUCCCGAGCGCCAUCCUCGUUGUCUUGACUGGUGUUUGCCUUUAAAUUUUGCCCGACGUUGGAUUAUUGUGUCACGGUUAAUCGGAACAAAUAAUGUGGUUUUUCUUUCAGUGUGUUA